AUGGAAUACACUCUCGAGCCCAAUCGACCAAUGAAGCAUGUCGACCGCAAAGCCCUGUACACCCGCCUAGAGGCGCGCAUCACUUACCUGCGAGACUUUCUAGACUUCAAUUCAGGUGACGUCGAGGCAUUGGUGGCAGGCUCCAAGUAUAUCAAGGCCCUGAUCCCUGCCGUGGUCAACAUCGUCUAUAAGAAACUUCUCGAGUCCGACAUCACCGCUCGUGCCUUCCACACGAGAGAUACCGCCGACGAUACACCCGUUGAGGAGUUCUUCACCGAAGAAAGCCCCCAGAUCCAACGUCGCAAGAUGUUUUUGCGUUGGUACUUGAUUAAGCUGUGUUCCGACCCGUCCCAGAUGGAAUUCUGGCGGUACUUGAACAAAGUUGGAAUGAUGCACACUGCCCAGGAACGUCUGUACUCGCUUAACAUCGAAUACAUCCAUAUCGGCGCUUGCCUCGGAUUUAUUCAAGAUAUCUUCACCGAAGCCCUCAUGUCACAUCCUCACCUGUCUCUCCCCCGCAAGACCGCCCUGGUUCGCGCCAUCAGCAAGAUCAUCUGGAUCCAGAACGAUCUCUUCGCCAAGUGGAGAAUCAGAGAUGGCGAGGAGUAUGCCGACGAGAUGUCGGAGAUUAUGGUUGACGACAAAGAAGGGUACCUGGGUGACAAGAAGAUCCUGGGCGAUAACAGCAGCACCUCCGCAAGCUCGAGUGAGGAUGACCGCUCAAGCAUUCACAGUGGCACGGUCCCUACUUCAACCCCGGCAUGCCCCUUCGCAGAUAUGGCGAAGCCGGCAUCGGAGACCAAGAUUUGGGCCGGGUCUAACUGA